AUGGAGCCUCCACCUCCUCUAGAGAACUCGUUUUCUGAUUGCCACCGUGCUGGAUCUCAGAUACGUCGUAGAUUAGAUUUUAAUAGAGACAUAGAUCUAAAUUUGUCUGCACCUGAAGAAUGCUACGACGAUGAAAAGACUAAUCCUGUGAGUUUUAGUAAACGUGUUGAUUUUGUUCACUCUAAAAUACUUAAGGAACUUAUUCCGGAAAUUGGUAUGGAAUUUGAGACAGAGGAUGAAGCAUUUAAGUUUUACAAUACAUAUGCGUACAAUUUUGGUUUCAGUGUCAGAAGAAGUACAUCACAUUCUUUCAAUGAUGGCAAGCUAAAAGAAAAGAUUUAUGUCUGUUCGGCUCAAGGUACGCGUGUCAAAGAUAAGCGUGAUGUUAACGUUAAAAAGCAUCGGGCAGAGACCAGAUUUGAAUGCUUAGCUAGGACUAAAAUUAGUUUAACACAAACAAGUAAGUAUGCGAUUGUCGAUUUUUAUGCAUAUCAUACGCAUAUCACCACAACUCCUAGCAAAUCCCACUUAUUUAGAUCUCAGAGGCGUUUGAGUACUGCUAUUAUAACACAAGCUGAUAUGGCUGAUGCGUCAGAAAUUGCUCCUAGAGAAACUAUGGAAUUUUUAAGUAGACAAUCCGGUGGUCGUCAAAAUGUUGGAAUUAUACCCGUGGAUUAUAAAAAUUAUCUACGUUCUAAGCGGACGAGGAAAAUGGAAACAGGGGAUACAGGCGAUGAGGAUGAUUUGAUUACAAAUAUUUUUUGGGCUGACUCGAGAAUGAUUGUAGAUUAUGAUUAUUUUGGUGAUGUGGUAAGUUUCGACACUACGCACAGAAAAAACAAAGACGGAAGACCAUUUGCCAUGUUUGUUGGAGUAAAUAAUCACAGACAAACUAUUAUUUUUGGUGCUGCAUUAUUAUAUGAUGAGACUGCAGAAACUUUCAUGUGGUUGUUCGACACUUUCGCCGAAACUAUGUCUGGGAAGAAGCCAAAAAGUAUUUUCACCGACCAAGAUGCAGCAAUGGCUAAAGCAUUAGCUUCACAAUGGCCAGAAUCGCGUCAUCGGUUGUGUAUUUGGCACAUGUUUCAAAAUGCUGCCAAACAUCUUAGCCAUGAGUUUCAUAAAUUUAAUGACUUCACGAAGGAUUUCACCAAAUGUGUAUACGAUUAUGAGGACGAAGUUGAAUUUACUGAUGCUUGGAAGAACAUGCUCGCAAAAUAUAAUCUCCAUAAUAAUGAUUGGUUAGAAGGCUUAUUUAGUUUAAGAGAAAAAUGGGCAUUGGUAUAUGGGCGAGACACUUUUUGCGCAUAA